GACCACCCACCGCGCUGCUUACGGGGGGGGGGACGCAACAAGUGGAUGGCCGCGCACGUGCUUAAGAUUAUUUAGAGAAACUUUUGCCGGUCGCUUGCAUGAAACACUUUGUACGAGAAUUAAUUUGGCGUGGGCAAGUACUUUGAAGUUGAGUGGAUGGGAGAUAUCCAUCCGAAACUGCUAGACCCGACACGAGACUUUGGGUUAAAAAUUCCAUGCACGGACGCUCAAUUUUUUUCCUUACUGUGAGCCAUCCGAAAGCCAUAAAAUGUCAAAUUAAGCAGAGAUAAUAAUUGAGGUUAUAAAGAAAACAAUUUUUUGCACACCAGCCUUUUAAUAGGGUUUGUGCACAGGCUGUCACGCGACAUCCAGUAUGCUAACGCCACUUGACACCAUGGAAUUCUCCCCGAACUUUGACACUGUCAUCUAUUCUUGUACGGACGGUGCAGGUGAUAAGCCAGCUUUGUGCACAACGAUCUGCGUCUUUCGACCUGUUCGCAACCAACUUGGCCCUUGUGGAGUAAACUUUGCUUCUAAAACAUGAUGUGCAGAUGGCGUCAGCACAGAACAACUGGCUACCUGAGACCGAGGAGUUGUACACCCGCCUGCGAGCCCUGGCAGAGAGAGGUGGCUGGGUGCAAAUCUGGAACACCAAAAUAAAUCUAAUGCCCCCUCAAUAUGCGUUUUCGAGCGUCAUAACGGAGAACGGGCGUGUACUGCAUCACGCCUUGUUCGUACAGGAGGAAGAGAAAAGCCUGAUGGGUGUUUGCCAGUUUGGAGAGGAAGCCCAAGGACUCGUAGGGGUAGCACAUGGCGGUGCAACUGCUACGAUGCAUGAUGGCACCACAGGGGUGUUGGCAGACAGAGUACUUGGAAAAGCCAUUGUCACAGCUUCGCUGGCUGUAAACUUUAAGAGACCCACUCCGUUGAGAUCCCCCAUACUCAUCGUGGCGCAUGUCGACAAAAUUGAAGGCAAAAAGGUUUUUCUGAAAUCAUACAUGAAGAGUCCAGAUGGCGCGACAGUCUACUCGGAUUGUACCGUCUUGUAUGUGAACAUUGAAAGCAAACUAAAAAAAAAAGCCAACUCAAGACUGUGAAUACAAGAAUGCUGCUUUUUAUCUACAUAAAUAUGUAAAUGAUGCUGUCCACCUACCUCUCCAGCUUUAUUUAAACGACCAGAAUUGGCAAUUUUUUUUCCAUCCAAAUGUAACUGUAAUCAUAUUUAAUUUUUUUUAAUUGGAGACAAGGAAAUUCGGCUGUUUGUGUAUUGAUAUUUUAAAUUAAUUUUUGUUUCAAAAUUAUAUAAAUCAAGAGAUUUUAAUAAAUUUUUAAAUGAAAAUAUUUUGAUUAAAAUCAUCCAAUUAUUGGCAAUUAAUAACACCUUUAAUAAUGUUUAAGCCCAGGUAAAAGAAAAUGCAGAAUGGAAUGGAGUAGACAGUUCCUUCAAAAUAUGUGUAGGUGCCAGUCCGGACUUUUAAGUUUUGUCAAAACUAAAGUGUACCAGAAAUUGCUAUCAUGCAUUCAGACUUAUGGAUCAGUGUAAGAAUAAAAGGCCAUCAACCCCCCAUGUACGUGUACAUGCUACAUAUAGGUUGGCAAAUUGCUGGUACAUAACUUAAUGUCUGCAAAGAGCAGUCUCAAGGGUUUCUUCUGAGCCUUUUGUUUCUUUGUUUAAAGAGCCCAAUUAAUUUAUAAAACUACAAUAACACUUAACUCAGAUGUUACUCAUAGACAGUAGCUACUGGUUGUCUCAAGCUUAAAUUUGAUCGCAUUUGUCAGUAACAUCUCUUAGACUUCCAAAAUGCUGAAAGAUCUUUCAGAAUGUUGCCAUUUCUAGUGGAUGGUAGUGUUUUGUUAAUUUGAGACAAUGGUGGCAAAUUUGGCAGUUAAUUUUUCUUUUACAUUUUUAAUAGAAAAGCUGCACUUAGUAUGAAAUAAACCACUUAAAUUUAA